GUGCAUAUACGCAGAUUGGGUUGGACUUUUUUCGUCAGUCAAAGUCACGCGAGAGACGAGUUUGGGCGAAAUGAAUAAGUUACAACUGUUGCUACUAGUGGUGAGCUUGGUGCGCUACGGUGGCACACAGUCCGUAGAAGAUUGUAUCGAAAUUGUCUGCAGUACGUAUGGCCAGAUUAAUACCCUGUGGUGCCACAAGUUGCCGACUCACUUUUGCCAGUGCCGUCCGACGCCCAUCGAGGGAAUCUGGGAGCCCCAGGUGAUGCCCUGUGCUGAGGAAACGGUGUUCAGUUUUCGUCACCAGGUGUGCGUCCAUCCGGACAUGCGAAACGGCGCGGAAUGUUUUGAUGAAAUUACGGAUGACAUUGAUGAAACUUUGUGCAUUGAUCCUCCAGCUCCUUGCGAAACGUUUAAGCAGAUUAACCAGUUAAAAUGUCACAAUACAGAGAAGCGUUUCUGCCAGUGUCGUCCGCUGACAUCCAAUCCGUCGGUUUGGGUUGCGGUUGCGAUGCCGUGUGCCGAAGAAACCAGCUUCAGCUUCUACCAUCAGACUUGCACCCGGGAUGAGCUGUGGACGAACAGUUGUCCCGCUGUUUAGGAGUGAAUUUUUGAGUCGUAUUAUUACAAUAGCU